AUGGCUAAAUCAGCAAGAGCGUUGUCUGUGAAGAAGAACCACCGUGCCCUUCGAGCCACAGUUUUCGGUCCCGCCCACGAUGCCCGCACCGCCAGACUCUCCGCGAAAUUGCAGGAACUGGCCGCCAAACCGAAGCCCGAAACUGAAAAGGCUAUGAACGUAGACGAGGGGCAUGGGGAAGACGCUGAAGACCAGCCUAGAGAUAACAACAAUGAGGGUAUUGGUCUUCCAGCUUUUGAAGCCACAUCCAACACUGACCAGUAG